CGAGCACAGACGGCGGUACCCGCCUCAGCUGACUGCUGGUUGCUCAGGGGCCCCCUGGAGUUAGCCAAUGAGAAGCUCAUGGCUCCUUGUUGCCUGGGAAACCGCCUGACAACAAGAUGGCGACGCCGCUGGACGGUUCCGUGGCCAAGCCUGGGAGUUCCUGACAGCUAGAGUCUAGAAGUAAAACUAUGAGUUCACCUUUGGCCUCCCUUGGCAAGGCCCGAAGAGUGCCUCUGCAGUCGGAGCCUGUGAAUUCAGGGCUCGGCUGGGGACCUGGUACCCAGGGCCUCUCUCUUGAUGACAUGCCAGGGGUUCCUAACUUGUCUGUCUUCCUUCUCCUUUUGGCCUGGAUUCCCAGGAGGCAAGGGGUAAAGAUCUACAGAGAUGAAGAUGAGGUGGACGUGCUGAAUGAUGGACAUGGCUUGGAAGAAAAGAUCUCCGUCCCUUCCUGCUAUGGUGGCAUAUGUGCUUCUGUGAGUAGGCAAGUCCCUGUAUUCCACGACUCGGAGCUGGUGGCCACCAUGACAAGGAAGAUGCGAGAUCUGGAGCAGCAGGUGAAGGCCCAGACUGAUGAGUUGCUGUCCAAGUACCUCCUCCCACCUCCCCAUGUCUCAUUGCUUCAGGACCGGAAGAUUCGGGCGCUGGAGGAAUUGGUGCAGACCCUCCAGAAGCAUCGGGGUGAGGUGACCCAGCAGCGGCAGCAGGAGCUGGAGACGAUGUGCACAAAGCUGCGGCGGCAGGUCGAGCAGAUGGAGCGGUUCCUUGGCGACUACGGCCUGCUGUGGGUGGGUGAGCCUGUGGACGAGGAGGACGGGGAUGGGUCAGGCCCGGAGGAUAGCACGAGGGACCGGAUGACAGCCAAGAAGUUCUGGAAGCCAGGGGACUCACUGGUGCCCCCCGAGGUGGACUUUGACAGACUGCUGGCCAGCUUGAAGGACCUCAGCGAGCUGGUGGUAGACAGUGACACACAGGUGACGCCAGUGCCCAGUGUCCUUGAGCCCAUCCCACUGAAGCUCUACCAGAAUGGCAUCAUGAUGUUCGAUGGGCCCUUCCGGCCCUUUCACGAUCCCUCCACGCAGCGCUGCCUCCGAGACAUACUGGACGGCUUCUUUCCCUCAGAGCUCCAGUGGCUGUACCCUGAUGGAGUCCCCUUUAAGAUAAGUGACCUGCGCAAUCAGGUCUACUUGGAGAAUGGGCUGGACCUGUUCCCAGGCAAGGGCCGAGUGGUGGGCCGGCAGAUUUGCAAGCCCUUGGACAAGAUGGAGCAUGGAGGCUCCAGGAUGACUGCCAAGAAGUUUCUGAACAGGCUACCCAAGUGUGUGAUACAACAAGGAGAGGUGAUUGACAUCCGGAGACCCAUCUGGGACACCCUGCAGAGCUGCUGCCCAUGGUCUGCCCGGAUCCAGGAGAUCAUGGUAGAGACACCUGCCUUGGCUGCUGAGCGUGAGAGGAACCAGGAGUCGCCCGAGUCACCAGCACCCCAGCUCUCCAUGCUGCGCAUCAAGUCUGAGAAUGGCGAGCAGGUCUUCCUGCUGAUGAUGCGGCCAGAGGACACUGUUGGGGACAUGCGCACCCUGCUCGCCCAGGCUAGAGCCAUGGAUGCCACCACCUUUGAGAUCUUCAGUACAUUCCCACCUACUGUCUACCAGAACGAUGCACUCACGCUUCAGGCUGCAGGCCUAGUGCCUAACGCAACGCUGCUGCUUCGGUCACGCAUGGUCCCACUGCCCGCCCCUGGCUCCCUCUCCAAAUAAAGUGUUGCCCCCCAAAACUGGCUGCUCCAGGAGAUCCUCUUUGGAUGGCCCAGGGAGGGGGCGGUGUCAACCUGCCCUUAACUUGAGCCCCCGCAGGCCGCAGGUCUUUGUUCUCUAGGUUCCUCUUUCUCCCUAGAAGGGCUAAACCAACCCAGCCGUGGAAGGAGAGCCCUGGCUCAGCCUCAGCUGGGGCAGCAGAGCCUCACGUACAAGUGUGCAGCCAGCAGAUCGCUGUGCACAGAUAUGCACAGACCCACAAGCAUGUGGGGACACUUGAUCAACAUUAUGCACAAAGCCACCGCCCCCAAACUGGCAGAACUGCAGCUGUGUACCCUCUUCAUGACACACAUUUAGCCAAUCUGCUGGAACACAGGCAGACAGCCACAUGGCACACAUCGCUGACAGGCAUGCAAAUGCAGGACAGACCAAGGCAAAGGCAUGUCACAGAUACCAUCACAUGCAUGUAACAGGAGGGUGACACACCCAGUCUCCAGAAACCAUUGGUCCACAAAGGAUCAAUGUGUGUGUGCUGGACAGAUGCAAACACAUGCAAAUCACACACACACACAGGUGCCACACGUGAGAGCUCAACCCACCUACUCACAGGAGCACAACCACAUCUACCAACCUUGUUCACAGCAGGGACCCAGGAU